AUGGCUUUCGAAAACACAGAAGCACAUACAAUUCUCUGCAGGACAUCCAGGAUAACAUUCAAAAACAAACAAGUUCUAGGACUAGUUGCACUAGAUAUAGCCAAAGCCUAUGAUACUACCUGGAGACCCGGCAUACUGGAAAAACUUCGUAACAUCCUAUGUAAUGGCAGAAUGUUUAAUUUCAUAAAGGACUUCUUAUCGGAUAGAUCAUUCCAAGUGAAAAUCCACAAUUAUCUAUCCCCUUACUUUAGUCAACAAAACGGUGUCCCCCAAGGGUCUACUAUAUCAGUCACCCUAUUCCUUAUCGCUAUAAACGAUAUAUGUGAGAACAUUAAAUUUCCAGUGCAAUCUACACUUUUCGCAGACGAUCUAAACAUCCUUUGCAGAGGAAAAAACCCAAAUUCUAUCCAACCAGCUCUACAGGAUACAAUUGACUCAUUAUUAGAAUGGUCUUCCAAAACCGGUUUUACGUUCUCUGCCACAAAAUCUCGCUGCUCCCUCUUUACCAGGUUCAGAAAAUACAACAAUUUAGAAGUACAUUUAAACAACACUCCAAUACCAUACACCAAAACCAUUAAGAUUCUCGGAAUUACCUUUGACAACAAGAACACAUGGCAGGCCCACUUGAAAGAAAUUAGAAAAGCAACUUUAAUAAAAUUGAACAUCAUCAAAUUAUUAGCUCACACUACGUGGGGAGCAAACGGAACUACUCUCAAACAAAUAUAUAAAUCUCUCAUUCUGUCCAAAUUGGAAUAUGGUGCUUUCCUCUACACCGACGCCAAACAAUCUGCACUCAAAAUGAUAGAGACYAUUYACAACUCGGGUCUAAGACUUGCCAYAGGUGCAUUCCGUUCUAGUCCGAUUUCAAGCAUUCUCAAUAUAGCAAACACACUUCCUCUUGACCUAAGGAGAACGCAAAACUUUGCACUUCAAGAAGCUAGAAGAAUACAAAACAACAUUACCUCAAACUUAGAAAACACAAUAAAACUCAACAACUUCGAGUUCAAUUGUUCAGGAAUAUUCAAACAUGAGCACGCUACCACUCCUCCUUGGUUAAUGGAACUACACAUCAAUACUGAUCUUUCUCAACACAUCAAAAGUGAGACCAUGGACUAUACUUUUAGAAAUCUGACACUUUCUUUACUCGAAGACUACCAGGAUUACACCAAGUUUUACACUGACGGAUCCAAAACCGAAAUAGGGGUAGGGGCAUCGGUAUACUUCAACAACACAUCCAAAAUGAUCAAAUUCCCCGAUUUCUGCUCAAUCUACACAGCAGAAGCAUAUGCGAUCUACCACGCACUUGAAACAAUUCAACAACUCAAUAUAGAUAAAGUGAUCAUAUUAAGCGAUUCUCUUAGUACUAUAAACAGCAUCUGCAACAUAAACCAACCCAACGCCAUAUCCAGUAUGAUUCAAAAUCUAAUUGCUCUUCUAAAUCACAACAACCAAGACGUAAUGCUGCUAUGGAUCCCUAGCCAUACCGGAAUCCAUGGCAACGAAACAGCAGACACCUACGCUAAAAGAGCUAUAACCUCCCCUGAAGCUUCCUUAGUGCAAAUUUGUUCUCUGGGAGAUAUCAGGGGAGCAAUACAGUCCUUGACGUUGCAACAGUGGCAACAUCGUUGGACAUCAUCACAUACAAAGUUAAAUGAAAUCAAACCUUCCAUCAACCCUUAG